ACAAUAAGGGACCAAGGGACGUUCAGAAUCAGUGGUAACGCGUACAGCGCUCGAAAUACGGACUUCAUUGUUUGAGUAUCGCACCAUCCUUUACACUUCGUCGCAAUGCGUUCGUUCAGGGAAUCCGAGGAAUAUUUGAAAGCGUUCAAUAGAAAAUGUUCGUAAAACUCGAACGAUGGUCGCCACGGACUCUCAGGACGUCAUUUUAGAGGCAUAUGAGAAGUAGAAUAUAUGAGAAUAAAAUGGCUCGUAGGCGUAAAACUGACAUGAAACCAUCUGUGAAAUCAUCCCUAAAGUAUGUACCUGUGCGAAAGUCUAGUAGACAAAUAGCUAAAAAGCAAUUGGAAGAGAAGAAAGUGAAUGGAGAAAUUCUACAAAUAUCUUACCAAAAUGAUACAGAUAGUGGUAAAAGUUCAUUAGAGUACCAAAACCAAACAAACCUGAAGAAGAAUCAGAAUUGUUUGCGGAAAUCUAACAAACACAAGAGCGCUUCAAAUACCAAUCUUCUGGUAAUAAAUGAAGAGGUCGAAUACUCAACAUCUGGAUACAAAAAAGAUGCCAGUGAGAGCGAUAGCCAAGAUGGAAUAGACAUUAUAAUUGAGCACUCCGCAAAACUGAGUCCUGAAGAUGUUCAGCAGGUGGUCGUUGGUAAUUCAACAAAGGAAUCGGUGAACGAACCUGAUUCGAAUGAGAUUGAAAUAUGGCCCGAAGACGUGGUCGAAGAGACAAUAAUUUGCGAAGAGAUGGAAGUCAAGGAAGACAAUAAAAGUUUGGGCGAAGAACAUGAUGCGAAGGAAGUGGUUGUGAUAAGCGAUUCUUCGUCGUUGGAACAAAAAGACUUUGUUGAAUUCACUGUGAUAGAAACAGAGGCUGGAAUAGAAUCUGAUUUGAGAAGCUCUAAUAUGGAAUAUUGCGCCAUGUUGAAGAAUAUUUGCAAUUUAGAAAAAGAUUUAACGGAGAAUUCUACAUGUUUGGAUACAGAGAUGAGUUGUAUUAACAAAAAUGAUAAAUCUAAUUUGGAAGAGUUAUGUUUGUACGAAAAAGCAUUAUCUGACAAUGGGAAAAUUCCCUGUGCAAAGAAAUCUGAAGAAACCGCAUUGAAGGAGGAUACUGUUUGCAGAAUAGAUGACAAAUUGGCAGACAUGCAGAUUAGUGAAUCAUCAAAGGAGAUACAGAAAUUGGUUAACGAUCUGUCCAACAUGGAAAGCGUAACAUCUCCAUUGCAGAUUGCUAUUAACAUAGAAAAAGAGAUGCCAAUGGCCCUAGACGACGAAAGCAGUUCUUCAAUAUUGGACAAAAUAGAACGGUUGCACUAUCCAAACGAUUCUACAAUAGAGAACAAAAGUUCAUCUAUCGAGGAUAAAAUGGACUUCUCUGAUAGUCAUUUAUCAAAAUUGAAAGACAUGCAAGACAAGAAACUUGAAAACCAGCGUAAGAUUCAGUCACAACAAAUCGAAUUACUGUAUGGCAACAAUGAAGGGGAUAACAAAAUCGAUGGAGAGGAUACGAAGUUAUCUAGCAGCAGCGAAAACAGUAACGAUACAUUGCUUUCGUUGAACAAUUGUAAACUUACAGAGUAUGAAAACAAGUGCAGUAGUUCAAAUGAUACGGAGAAAAGGGUGGAAUUCAGGAGCCGCAGUGGAAGCACAGAUACAACUGGUUCAGAGAGUGGAUCGAAUAGUUCUGCUGUAAGAAGAAGCAGCAGGAUAAGAUCGAUAGGUUUGAUGAAACAGAGAUCUCGUGGUCGUGGUUUGGUUACAAAGCCAAAUAUAGACAUUACAAAGUCGAGCAUUCAAGAGAAAGUGUCGAACAGUGUUUCGAUUGCACAGGAUGCGAAACUAGAGAAUUCAGCUGAACUACAAUCAGAUAAAGAGAACAACGUCAGUAAGGCUGGAAAUACGUACGAUUCGUUUGUGCCUCUAGCGACUGGUUGCAAUGCUACGGGUUACGAUUCAGACUCUUGCAAACCUGUUAAAGUAAAGUCACGGUGGCGAAGAUCCAGUGAACUAGAAAUGGGUGGAUCAAAUGUAGCAUUUGGAACAACUUCUAUAGUUGGCUCUUUCGGAACUGUGGCAAUCACAACUGAAUCAGGAUUGCCGAGUUUAAAGUCUACGAAUGGAAGUUUGACAGUAACAGAUAUUGGCUCCUCUGACUCUGGAUCUGGAUCCGCAUUGGCCACAAACACUCUAUCCAGUGCAGAAAUGGAACAGAUGAAGGAAAUAUUAACACCGGUUAACAGUAUCGCUGUUCAAAUUCCUAGGACUGUGGGUUCAAAGAUCUCGUUGCCAAUGGUUCCAGAAAUAGAAGAUAGAGAAAUGGAGGAACGGUUGAGCCAGUUUGAGUAUUUGCCUGAAAAUUUGUAUUUGACUGAAAGAUAUACGAAUAAGGAAACAAAACGAAUGGUUUGCGAUUGCUUCUUGACGGAGGAAGAAAUAGAAAGGGGAGAACUUGGGUGUGGAGAAGAUUGUCUCAAUAGACUUCUAAUGAUAGAAUGUGGACCUCGAUGCGUGGUGGGUGAUCGAUGUACAAAUAAAAGAUUCCAGAAUUGCGAAUAUGCUAAGUGUGAAGUAUUCAGGACGGAGAAGAAAGGGUUUGGUCUGAGGGCCAUCGCUGAUCUGUUAGCAGGGGAGUUUAUAAUGGAGUAUGUGGGAGAGGUGGUGGAUCCCAAAGACUUUCGUCGUAGAGCAAAAGAGUAUUCGAAGGACAAAAAUCGACAUUACUACUUCAUGGCGUUGAAAUCAGAUCAAAUAAUUGAUGCCACCAUGAAAGGGAACGUUUCGAGGUUCAUAAAUCACAGUUGUGAUCCUAAUUCAGAAACCCAAAAAUGGACGGUGAACGGUGAAUUGAGAAUAGGCUUUUUUAAUAAAAAAUUUAUAGCUGCAGGCGAGGAAAUUACGUUCGACUAUCAUUUUCAACGUUAUGGUAAAGAAGCACAGAAAUGUUUUUGCGAAGCACCUAAUUGUCGCGGGUGGAUAGGCGAUACACCGGAAGAGGAAAAGGAAAAGACUGAGAAGAAAGAGAAACGAGAGAAGGAUAUGAGAAAGAAGAAGGGAGAAAAGAAGCAAACUGAUUACAUGGAGGAUGAAGACUUGGAAGAAGAGAUAGAUAAAUUGUGUUCUGGUGGUUUGAAGAAUAGAGCCCACACAUUAACUUUAAGUCGAUUGAUGGUACGCAGCAGAGAAUUAGAACACAGAACUCGUCUUCUACGCUUGAUACAAAGCGGAGAGCAGCCUUGCAGGCGAUUAUUCCUAGACUAUCACGGUCUUCGUUUAAUAUGGAGUUAUGUUAUGGAUAUUUCAACCAACGAUUCUGACGAGGCUCAGCAAUUUCGUCUAGAAGUCUUGAAAACGCUAAACACUCUUCCUAUUCCCAACAAGACUAUGUUAAUGGACAGCAAGAUCUUCGAUGUUGUAGAAAAAUGGUCGAAAAGAUUAUACUUUUCUCCGAACGGUGAUUCACCAGAGGACGAUCAAGGGAAAUCAAAAACAAAUUGCGAAGAAUUACAGAUUAAUUUUGACGUUAACGAAAAGAAAAACUCUUAUUUGGUGGAUAUAGAGAAACAGGAAAAUAACAUUGAAAACUGUAUAUCUGUAGAUAAUGGAGACCAAAAUGUAAUUCCUGAAUUAGCUUCGACUCUUCUGGCCGAAUGGUCCAAUUUGAAGGAAGUAUUUCGAAUACCGAAAAAAGAAAGAAUCGAGCAAAUGAAAGAGCACGAACGCGAAGCAGAUCGUGGAUACAGAGAAGAAUUGGAAAAAGAAGAGAAACGAGGAACGUCUUACGAUAGGCACAGAUCUGACAGGUAUGGGAGAAACGAAACGGAGAAACGAGUGGACAGAAGACGCGGACGAGAGUCCCCAGAAUCGGAGUACACUCGAACGAAGGACAAGAGGAUCGAGGAAAGAAGCAGUUUGGUGCCGAUUCCAAGAAUGACCAAGUACGAAAGAAGACAAUUGUUUGCGUUAAAGGUUGCCAAAGAGGAAGAAGAGAGACAGCGUCGACAACAGCAAGAGUCGUGGCAGGAUCAUGAAACCAGGUGUCUCGCGUUGGGUAUAGAUCCUCACACGACGGCUAUGGUGGAUCCACAAACAGGAUAUCCUGUUUUUUACAAUCCGUCUCUCGGACAGUGGCAACACUAUCCUACUCAAGAGGGAGAAAUAAGCCAACAAUGCACUCCAGUGUAUGUAAGCGCCCCACAAUCGGUACCCGGCCAUUCACAGCCUGGUAUAGCACCACAGAACUCUCACGUUCUUCCACCAACAAUUUCUUCAGAAAUAUCGGUUGGAAUGGCUACCACAAUACCAUCUGUCGUUCCUCCGGUGGUUUACACGUUAAGUCAAACUCCAGUGUUCAAUCAAACAACGACGGCUUAUUCUUUGAUGCCCCAUUGCCACCAACAAUAUCCAGAGAGCCAGUUGUCCAUAUCUAGCAGCUUAGUCCACACUGGAACGCCAUCCGUUGCUAUUCAGACACCACAGCCCAUCUAUGACCACGAAAAACAAUCGGAUCAGCAGUUUCCAGCUAAAAUAUUUAAAUCACCGCAACCGGAAGUCCCUCCGAUAGAUUUACCUCCAAAAUGGAAGAGCGCGACAGAUAACAAGGGUAGAAUAUAUUACUAUCACGCGAAGGAACGUGUGUCUCAAUGGUUGCCUCCACCGCCGGACCACAUCGGUGUCCAGCCGGAUUCUUCGUCGUCCUCGGAGUCCAGCGAGGAAUCUAGUUCGUCCAACGAAGACGAGGAAGAAGUGGAAGAGGAUAAUAAUGAGGAACAAAAGAAUGAAGAAGCGGAUUUGACCAACAGUUUGGUGGAGAAAUCGUUGAAUGGUUCUAAGCACGUUGCAACUAAGAAGAGCGGAGUUUGUAACGCCGUUGGAGGAUCUGGACUGUUUCCAGAGGGCAAGAAAAGAAGAGAGGGAUUGGUCCAAGAAAGAAUCAUCAGCCCACGCCGCGAAGAGGAUCGCAUAGAUCACAAAACGCACAAAGGGAUCAAAGAGAAGAUUCGACGCCAGAAGGAGAGGGCAAAAUUCAAGGAACACGUUGAGAAGCUACGAAGACAUCGUCGAAGUAACAAAUCCAAGUCGCAUUCGCGUCACAGCGUGAGUAAAUUGCAGUCGCCGUCCACCGAUUUGUCGACAAUGUCUGAGAGGAAGAUCAAGGAUACUUUUCGGGUGAACAUGGCAAACGUGAUGGUGCACUUUUUGAAUCCGUACAGAAAAAACGAUUGCAAACAAGGCAGAAUAACCAACACGGAAGAUUUCAAGCAUCUCGCGAGAAAACUCACUCACUUUGUACUCGCGAAAGAAUUAAAACAUUGCAAAAGCGUCGAUGAGUUGCAGUGCAACGAAAAUGUUAAGCAUAAAGCUAAAGAUUUUGUACGUAAGUAUAUGAAUAAGUUCGGUGCAGUUUACCAGAAAAGUACAGACGAAGAUUAAUUAUCUAACUUAUAAACGUGAAAUUGUUAUUUAUUACACGAAUCCUUCUAUCAUGAAACAUUGUAAUAUACCUAGG